CUUCACGCGGUUUCCUUUCCUUUUACCAACUCAACACACAAACCCCUUAAAAUUCCAUCUCAUUAACUAACAAACGGAACAAAACUCUUCCCCAAUAACCAAAUCAAAUCAAUUUCAUUCCGAUUCGAAUCAGAUUUAACGAUGUUGCGAGCUUUAGCACGGCCUCUCGAACGGUGUUUAGGAAGCAGAGCGAGUGGCGACGGUUUACUCUGGCAAUCGGAAUUGAAACCACACGCCGGCGGAGAUUACUCGAUCGCGGUGGUUCAAGCCAAUUCUAGCCUUGAGGAUCAGAGUCAGGUCUUCACGUCUUCCUCCGCUACUUACGUCGGCGUUUACGAUGGCCAUGGCGGACCUGAAGCUUCUAGAUUUGUUAACAGACAUCUCUUUCCUUAUAUUCACAAGUUCGCACAAGAACAUGGAGGACUGUCUGCAGAUGUUAUAAAAAAAGCAUUCAAAGAAACUGAAGAGGAUUUUUGCGGUAUGGUUAAACGGUCACUGCCCAUGAAGCCACAAAUGGCUACUGUAGGAUCUUGCUGUCUCUUUGGUGCCAUCUCUAAUGGGACACUCUAUGUUGCGAAUCUUGGAGACUCUAGAGCCGUUCUUGGGAGCGUUGUUGAAGGUGAUGAUAGUAGUAAUAGUAGUAACAAGGGUGCUGCAGCUGAACGGUUGUCUACUGAUCAUAACGUUGCUGUUGAAGAAGUUAGAAAGGAGGUUAAGGAACUUAAUCCUGAUGAUUCACAGAUUGUUAUGUACAUUCGUGGAGUUUGGAGGAUUAAAGGCAUUAUUCAGGUAUCUAGAUCAAUUGGUGAUGUGUACUUGAAGAAGCCAGAGUUUUACAGGGAUCCGAUAUUCCAGCAACAUGGAAAUCACAUUCCUUUGAGGAGACCCGCGAUGACAGCAGAACCUUCCAUCAUAGUAAGGAAGCUUAAGCCACAAGACUUGUUUCUAAUAUUUGCAUCAGAUGGUCUCUGGGAGCAUCUUAGUGAUGAAGCAGCCGUAGAAAUUGUACUCAAACACCCAAGAAAUGGGAUUGCAAGACAACUUGUAAGAGCAGCUCUUGAAGAAGCAGCAAGGAAGAGAGAAAUGAGAUAUGGAGAUAUAAAGAAAAUAGCCAGAGGAGUUAGACGACAUUUCCAUGACGACAUCAGCGUUGUUGUAGUUUAUCUUGAUCAACAGAAAACUGCAUCUUCAUCGAAUGCUAAACUGGUCCAGAAAGGAGGGAUCACUGCUCCACCGGAUAUCUACUCAUUACGCGCAGAUGAAGCUGAGCAACGACGGCUCCUCAAUGUGUUAUAUUGAGACUCUGGUUAGGGGAUAACAAUACACAACUUGUUUACAUAUUUGUUUAAUCUUUUACGAAGAAAUGUUUGUUCUUUUUCUUUUAAUAUUUGGUGUGGGAUUUGUAUAUUCUUUUUACCAGCAAAGAACGAAAACCCUUUUCUUUUGGGGGGGACAAAGCAAUUUUGGUUUUGACAAAACAAUACUUGUGUUUGAAAUCUAGUGAAACUGUUUGAACCAAGUCAAAGUUUUGGAUUGUUGUUUUAUGACUUGUACAGAUAUCAGUAUGAACAUUUUAUUCACAAACCAAAAAUUCUAAAACCGUUUGAAACCAAGUCAAAGUUUUGUAUUGUUGUUUAUGACUUGUACAGAUAUCAGUAUGAACAUUU